AUGACCACCCUAAAACCCACCAUCACCCUGCGUGAAGCCACCCUCGAAGAUGUGCCGACCAUGGUCGAUGUCUACUUCGACGCCUUCCACGACAACCCGCUCAACCAACGCUGCUUCCUGGACUCCUCGCAGGAUGCCCGCACUUAUUGGACCAAGUGGAUCGAGGGUUACGUCAACCUCCCGGACGUCCACCUGAUUGUUGCCCUCGCGACCCCGCCCGGCUCGAGCCCGGAGUCCCCACCGGCCGGCUCCGGCACCGACUCCGGCGCUCCCGCCUCCGCUUCCGCCUCCGAUACCUCUUCCAUCCUCGGCUGGGUCCGCUGGGCCCGCAGGCCCGCCACCCUACCAACUCCCACCGUCCUCACCCCAGCCACGUUCCCGUCAAGCGGCGAGAACGCCGUCGCCGCGCACUUCUUCCAGACGGCGCGCGAGGCCACGCAGCGGGUUGUCGCCGGCCGCGACUUCUGGUUCCUGAGCAUGAUCGUGACGAGGCGCGAGGCCCAGCGGCGCGGCAUCGGCGCGGCCAUGAUGCGUUUCGGCGUCGAGCUUGCGGACAAGGAAGGGUGGAUGGCGUAUCUGAAUGCGAGCAAGAGCGGGCGGCCACUUUAUGAGCUGUUUGGGUUCAAGGUUCAGGAGCACACUUGGUUUGACGACUUGGGCUUGGAUAUGUUUCAUAUGACGAGAGACCCGAGGGGGGUGAAUGGUAAUUGA